UCAUCAAAUUGACCGGAAAACAAAAAUGGACUGAACCGGGAAAAGAAUUGGAUUUGGAUGAACAAGCGAAGGAAGUGAUGGAGCAGGUAAAGAAGAUGAUAGACCAGGACGGCACAUUAACAGAAGAGGAAAAGGCAUUCAUCAUGGAGCAUGUAGUAAAAGAAUUAAGUCAGCAAGACAAAGCACAGAAUGAACAUGUAAACCAAAUGGAAUUUGAGGAAGAAGAUGAAACGGUGAUGGAACAUGUAAAAAAGCAGCUGGAGCGAGAAGAGAUUUGUGAAGAGGAUAAAAUAUUCAUCAUGGAAGAGGUUAAGGAUCUUAUUCAGAAAGACAAAGCAGCGCAGGUGACAGAACUAUGUGAGCACAAUACCAGAGUAAAGGAAGAGGAAGAGCCCGUUAUGGAACUUAACAUAGAACUAAAGGACAUGGAAAAAGUACCGAAGGACAAUGGAACUGAACUGACAAACGGAGAAGAAGAACUGAUUAAGGAGAACGGAGAAGUGGACCUGGUAAAGAGUCUGAUGGAGAUUGAAGCAUUGACAGGAGAGGAAAAUGAAGUCAUCAUCGAGCCAUUAAAAGAACUUGUGCAAAAAGACAACACCCCGACUAAUCAGGAAAAUGAAUUCUCUGAUCACAAAACCAUAGUGGAAGUGGAAAAGUCACUGGUGGACAAUGGAUUUGAACUGGAAAAAACAGAACUGAAUGAACAGAUAAGUGAAGAGGGACAAGAAAAACCUACAGGACAGGAAAAUAAAUUCAUCGUGGAACCAUUAAAAGAUCUAGUCCAGAAAGAGGAAGCCCCCACUGCUGUGGAACCUAAAGCAGAAUCGAAGGCACCUGAGAAAGAACUGCAAAAAGUUCUUGUGGAUAAAGAAACAGAACUCAAGGGCCAAGAGGAAAAAACCCUUAUGGAACAUGGCACAGAUCUAAAGGACAUAGAAAAAUUACUGGAAGACAAUGAUGUGAUGAAAGAAGUCCCCACUCAACCACAGAAAUCACUUGUGGAAAAGAAAGAAUGUAUGGAACCCAAAGUCCAACUGGUGCUGGUGACAGAACUGCAACUGCAAGACAAAGAACCAGAAAAAGCAGAAGAACACAUGGAUUAUCAAACGGAUAUCAAGAACCAGGAAAAAGCUGAAUUGACCAGGACCAACCAGGAAGAGAAAUUGAUGGAGCUAAAAACUGAGCAGAAAGAUCUCAAGGAAGAACCCAAGGAACAGAGACAAGAGUUGAUAGACCAGGAUAAUGAACAGCAUUUGGAUCAAGAGCAGCACAUGGAAGGAAAAACCGAGGAGACUGACGGGCAAGCAAAUGAGCAUGAGAGAAUGAAUGACACACAUUGUGAGAGUGAGACGAGAGUCGGUGAGACACAAGUUGAGGAUACAAAUCAGACAAGGUAUUCAGUGCACGAGAAACUGGAACGGCUUAGAGAAGAGCUAGAAAAGCGCCAACAUUUCCAGGAUAUCCAGACUAAGUUCAUGGAUAUACUGAGACUGAAGAUGCACAUGAUCGCACACAGACUGGACGCCGGCAAUGAAAACAACACAGAGAUGCAGAGGAUGGAAGCGCAAAUGGCAGAGAAGAUUGCAGACUUGGAGAGACUGAAGAAGGGCACCAUACCAAAAAGUAAAGGGAUGCAAGAAACGUCUGGAGGCCAUGAAGGAAAGAUCGAUCAAAUAGAGAGUGUCAUUGCAGGGGUGAGGGAAGAAGUAGUGAAGGAGAAACUGAGAAUGGCUGAGCAUACCAUUGCACAGCAGCAAAGACAGAUAUGUGUCCUGGAGAGAACCGCAGCAGAGUUCAUGAUAAUGUACAAGGAGAUGCAGAAAGACAAAGAGGAGGCCCAGAGACACAGAGAGGAACAGGACCAAAGGAUUCUACAACUGCAGACAUUGGCUGCAGAGUUGAUGACAAAAAUGACAGAGAUGGAAAGACAAACUAAUGAGGCAGCACAAAGACGAGAGGAGUGUGAAAACACAACAGAGGCAGAAGAGAGAAUUGCAGAAGACAAUGAUUUGAGACAAGGCGAACACCAAUUGGCAAUGGUGAUGUUGGAUGAAGCCAACAUACUUAAUGCGGAGGAGGAUGGAGAAAAUAAAGAGAAAAUACAGACACCCUGUUUGGACCUUGAGGAAAAAGAAUGGACAGAAGUAGGUCAAGAAACAAAUGAUCAGAGAGCAGAGCAGGGAGAAGUUGAGAUUGAAGUAAUGGAGGAAGCCAACAUGCUUAGUGAAAAAGAGGAAAGAAAAAAAUACAAAGAGGAAAUAAAGACAACCCUUGAGGACAUGAGGAGAGACAUCUGGGUGGCUGGGGACCAGGGCACACCUGGUGUCACUCUGGUGUCCCUGAGCCAGGCCAGUCUCACCUCAGGACAGGAGGACACACUGCCAUGGUUCACUUUGGAUGCAGUAAUCAGUUGCAGCUCCACAAAUGCUGAGGUGGAGAAAAUGAGUAUGGAGCUAGAGAGAGAAGAGCAGAAACCCAUGGAAAAAGAGGACAAUGAAGAGAAGGAGGCCAUUGAGAUGGAGAAGAAACAGACCAAAAAAGUUGAACUGGCUGACCAGAGGAAAGAGUGGACAGAAGUAGGUCAAGAAACAAAUGAUCAGAGAGAAGAGCAGGGAGAAGUUGAGAUUGAAGUAAUGGAGGAAGUGAACAUGCUUAGUGAAAAAGAGGAAAGAAAAACAUACAAAGUUGAAAUAAAGACAACCCUUGAGGACAUCAGGAGAGACAUCUGGGUGGCUGGGGACCAGGCCACACCUGGUGUCACUCUGGUGUCCCUGAGCCAGGCCAGUCUCACCUCAGGAGGACAGGAGGAUCCACUGCCAUGGUUCACCUUGGAUGCAGUAAUCAGUUGGGGCUCCACAAAUGCUGAGGUGGAGAAAGGAAGCAUGGAGCUGGAGGGAAAGGAGCUGAACAAUGUGGAGAAAGAGUUCAAGGAAGAGAAAGAAGUCAUAGAAAUGGAGAAGGAACAGACCAAAAAAGUUGAACCGGCUGACCAGAGAAAAGAGUGGACAGAAGUAGGUCAAGAAACAAAUGAUCAAGGAGAAGAGCAGGGAGAAGUUGAGAAUGAAGUAAUGGAGGAAGCCAACAUACUUAGAGAAGGAGAGGAUAGAGAAAACGACAAAGAGGAAAUAAAGACAACUCGUUUGGACUUUGAGGACAUGAGGAGAGACAUCUGGGUAGCUGGGGACCAGGCCACACCUGGUGUCACUCAGCUGGCCCUGAGCCAGGGUAGUGCCACCUCCGGACAGGGGGACACACUGCCAUGGUUCACUUUGGAUACAGUAAUUAUUUGGAACAAAGGGACAGAACUAGAUGAAGAAACAACUGAUAAGGGAAAAUAUCAGGGCUCACCUGGUGUCACUCAGCUGUCUGUGGGCCAGGACAGUCCCACCUCAGGAAAGGGGGACACACUGCCAUGGUUCACUUUGGAUACAAUAAUGAGUUGGAAAUCCACAAAUGCUGAGGUGGAGAAAAUGAGUGGUCAGCUGGAUAGUAAAGAGCUGAACAAUGUGGGGAAACAGGAGAAAAAAGAAAAGCAAAAGGAACAGACCAAACUGCAUGAAGUGAUAGAAAAGGUAACAAAGGCGAUGGAGGCAAAAGGAGAGCAAGAUAUAGCACUGGCGGAGCACAAAAAUGAUGACGAGAUGACGGCCCAUCGUGAUGACGAGAAACAUCAAAAAAUAAGCACGGAUGGGCCAAUCCCUCUGACAGGAAGUCAUCAGAAAUCCAUCAAACCUAUGCAAGUGACCAGAGAGGUCAAGAAUGACAGAAAGCUGAUGAGUGAAACGUCAACCAAUACCCUGCUGGGCUGGGGCGACCCAAACUUCCUCAGGCCUGAGGACGAUGGCAUGGAGACAGCCACAGAAGGAGAGAGACGCGUUGACCAGCCUGAGAGCCACCAGGGAGAGAAGAAAAAAAAGAAAUCUGUUCUUAAAUGGCUGAAAAAAAGACUUGGUUUCAAAUGAAGAUGACAACCCACAUAUGCAA